UUUAUGCGCGCUCCCGAGAGCCUUCUACUGAAUCCCGUCUGGCUAAGCGGGAAUGUGAUCAUUGUCGAGUGAAAACUAGAGUGAACAUCGGCAGAGCAUUUGAUUCCUGGAGGGACCUUCAUUCGGUUUUGGGGAUCAAAACUGACCCUGAAUUGGUGUUCUUCUUACUGGACAGUUUGCUCUUGACCUAGCAGUGCAUCUACUGGAAGAUUUGGGUUGACUCCAAACAGCAAGUAAUGUGAAACGUUUACAAGAAAAGGUGACAGGAAGUCUGUGAUGCCACAAAAAAGGAUAUCAUCUGAGAUGUACAAUUUACUGUUGCUGUAGUUUUAAAGAGGCAAGACGAACAGCCAAAGACUACAGAGUGAAGAUGAUACUGUGGAUUUCUGUCAUGAUUCUAAGUAAGAUGCGGUCGCAAAACAACCAACAUAAAUUCAACGUGUCUAUUCAUCAGCAUCCAGUGUCGGAGUCUGUCCACCCUGGAGACACGGUGACCCUGCUGUGCUCUGUGCUGUCUGAACGCAGAACACCAGAGAUCAGGAUGUUCUGGUUCAGAUCUGAUUCAGGGAAAUCUGUUCCAGAAAUCAUUUACACUCGUCAUCGGAGUAAUCAGUGUGAGAUUGAUUCCUUUAUGCAGAGUUGCACAUACAGUCUCACUAAGAUCAUUGUCAACCAAACGGACACUGGUACUUAUUACUGUGCUGUAAUCACCUGUGGAAGAAUUCUGUUUGGAGAUGGGACAAAAAUAAAUAUGAUAAAGCAAGUGGAUCCUGUAGUAAUUGUCUUGGGAGUAUUAUUGGGUGUUUGUGUGGCUAUCAUCUCUUCUCAAGCUGUUUUAAGUCAUAAAAAGGAACGAUAUAACUGCAACAGAGAAAAAGAGCUGCGAGACAUUAAAAAAGAACAACCCUCCAGUCAGGACUGUGAUGCAGUGCAUUUAAAUUAUGCUGCCUUGCAUUUUAAGAAGGGGAAAACCAAAAGAGAGAGAAUGAAGGGAGAACCACCUCGAGAUAGUGUGUUCACUUCCGUGAACUGUCAGCUAACUACCACCUAACUUACAUUUUCCCAAAAAGUAUUAGGACAUCAAAGCCACAAUUACAAAUGUGUGAUUGCCAUAGCAUUAUAUGACAAAAUAUCAAGACAUAUGGCAUUUAUUUUGAAAAAAAGUUAGCACACAUACUGUUCGAGUGUAACAUUUCAUAAAAGUAUGUUUGCUAGUUUUUAGAUGAUAAAACUAUAGCUAUAGAUAUAUGCUUCAAAUAUAAGACAAAAAGUAUUUGUCUUAUUUGAACACUUACUGGAACAUGUCCAUAGUUAAUGUGAGAGUGACUGCACCUGUGGUUACUCUGCUAGAUCAUGUUGGAACUUGAGGGUGUCUAUAAUGUGUGUAUAGAUUUGAUCACACAGGGAAUUGAGAGCCACUUGAUGUUGAAUCUCAUAAUUCUUUGGCGGUUGUUGUAGGCUAACAUGCAAUUUUAAAGUUUGUACACUCAAGUUUAGUAGUCAUGCAGUUGUGAUCAUAUUAAAACAU